AUGCGUGUUUUCUCUCGGAUGGCAGUGGCUACCCAGCUACUUCUGUUCUCAUCAAAUUCACUUGUCCAAGCAGAGAAUUGCAACUGGGAUGUGCAAAAGGAGGAUGAGUGCACGUCUCUAGCUACCGCAACAGCUUGUACGAUCUUCACCUCUGGAGGAAAGACCGCAACAAACUGCGCCCCGUAUGUGGCAUGCGGCGCCACGGAUAUGACCACUACAACGAAAGCCCCUGCCAAGCACUCAGCUACAUCUAUUUCGGCUACAGACGUGGAUACCACCAUCACUAUGGCCUCCGCGGAUGUCUACAAUUCUAUUGCGAGUCAAAUCAUUAAGGAGCGCAAUGAUUGGGAUAAGUCGCGAUUUGGUACCACAGCUCCUGCCUCCAGCGCACCUACUUCUAGCAGCUAG